CCACGGCAGACCCUCGACACCAACUCUCUCCAGGACUGGCAUCACACAAACCUGCGUCUCAACCCGCGCUGGUUCUCUUCUGCAGCUGCACAUCGUUCUCGCAGCUGCCGCUUCACACCGCCAGGCAGCAGCCAAGCAGCCAAAGAGAUCAUGCCGAUGGCGAGCGCGACGGCCAGCAGCAGCAGUCUGCAGCGCGGCUCGCGUCUCCCGAGCCGGCAGCAGAGCCCAGCCGCCGCGGCCGCGGCAGGCUCGGUGGCCGGCGCGAAGGCGACGGCGUCACUGCUGCUGUGUGUGGUGCUGCUGGGCACAUGCGGCUUGGGCCGGGCAGCGCCUGCAGGCGCAGCCGCAGACGACACGCGGUGCCGGGGCGCGCUCAAGCUGCAGACAGACCCGGCGGUGCAGGCCUUCAAGAAGUGCGCCGACAAGACGCCCAUCCCCAUUGACUGCUGCCUCAAGAUGAUCCCCUUUGCUCCCUAUGCCGACUGCCUGCAGCUGCCGACGUACAAGUCCAUGGCCGACUCCUUCCUGGCGCCCACAGUCACCGUGGACCGCGCGCUGCGGGAGUGCCUGGGCUAGCAGGCUGUAGCAGGAGGCGGCAGCUAGAGGCUGUAGCAGGGCGCUGCUAUAUCUGUUGUGGUACGCUGUUGUGGUAUGUUGCGGUUUGUUGUUGUAGUGGCAGUACCUUUGAUGGGUGCGGGCGCCAGACUGGCUGCAGCAGGGCGGGGGCGGAAAGCCUCGGUGAGGGACCAGGGUGUAUGAAAGACUGAGUCGUCGGUGUGGGUUACUGGUGGCGGGUGGUGCCGCUAUUGCUGUUGCGCCUGGUGUGACGUUAGGUUAGGCUGACUACAAGUCUAGGGGUGCCGGCAUGCGGUUAGGUGUGGCAGGGAUGGCAGCCACGCACGGGGCUUGGAGAGACGAGGUAUCGCAGAGGCUGCUUGGAGGUUGGGUGAGGUGCGAAUACGUCUCGGAGGCGAGUGGGAGGCGGGCCCCGCUGCCAGGGCCACGUCAGGCAGGGGCGUUAGUUAGUGUCACCUAACCUGCACCCUGUGUUGGUGACUGGUGUUGACGGAUGCUUACUGUUCGUGUCUGAUCUCUCUCGACCACUAAGGCGCUAUGGCGCGGGACCCAGUGACCUGGGCCUCGACUGGUGGUGGCGGUGGGCGGGCAUCGUGUCACCCCUGUAAUGGUGCCGGAAC